AUGGCCGACCUUCUCUACGAUCUUCUGGCUUCGGUCCCAGACAAUGCCUCCCAGCAGCUUCCGCCUGCCGAUAAGACCUCUCUCGAUUACCUUGCGAACCUAACGUCUCAGACAGUGUCAUCCCUCCAAAAUGACGAGCCGCAAACUCUUGCACACGAUUCCCACAGCUUGCUGCUGUCGCUCCAAGCGCUCUCCAAGAAAUCACACAAACCGAUAAUAGAAUCGGCGACGCACCAUGCAGCAUUACAGACAGCAUUGCCCGUAUUGGCCUCUAGCACAACCGAGCUUCGCAACGCAAUCCCGAGGCUUGAUAGCGAGGCCGUUCGGUUCUCGACCACUUACAAUAAGGCAGGCGAGAAUGAGCUGCUCGCCCGCAGGAAGAAGGCGUUAUUACUUUCUCGAAAUGUCGAGCGAUUAGUUGAUGUGCUGGAACUACCAGCCCUUCUUUCGUCUUCCAUAUCCGCCGCCCCGGUCAACUAUUCGUCCGCGUUGGACCUCAAUGGCCAUAUCCGUCGGUUACAUGCGCUGCAUCCGCAGUCCCCACUAGUCGCAUCUGUAUCGUUGCAGGCCGACGAGGCGAUGCGCACCAUGGCAACGAACCUCGUGCUGUCGCUCAAGGCACCCAGUCUGAAGCUGGCUGCCUCUCUCCGAACCAUCAGUUGGCUGCGUAGGGUGUUGCCCGACAUCAAAGCAGCAGAUCAGAGCGGCGACUCACAGGAGCGGGCUUUGGGGGCCCUAUUCCUGGUCUGUCGACUGGCUAUGCUCAUGACUAUGCUCGACGCCCUGUCACCACUGCGAGACCUCGCCGAUCAGGAGCGCGCUAAGCAGACAUCUUCCCUCAAGAGCGGCAGUGCUUGGUCCGGUGGUCAGCAGACAGAAAAAUAUCUGAAAAAGUACAUUGAGAUCUUCCGAGAACAGAGCUUUGCUAUCGUGUCCAUGUAUAGGAGCAUAUUUCCCCAGGCUGAGGCGACUACUCCUCCUACCACUCAGGAUGAUCCCCUGCAGCCGCUACCAUCACCACUGGCGACAUUUCCGCUCCAUCUUGUCGACAUGCUGAUGGAGACUUUGAGACUCUACCUGCCGACCGUUAGAGACCAGACCUCUCGCGACAGUCUGUUGACCCAGGUCCUGUACUGUGCUGGGAGUUUAGGUCGCCUAGGUGGUGAUUUUGGACUGUUCCUUGCGACUCUCGAUGUCGGUGGCGAGGCUGAGGAGGAAUGGGUACAAGUUGUCAAGCGACAUAGACUUCUUGCUGGACGGCUAGAGUCUAUAGUGGGAGACCAAAAGGAGAAAAGCGGCCGUUAG